AUGGGGUACAUGAAAGCAUGGGAUAAAUGGAAACAUGGGGUUUAUGGAAGCAUGGCGUACAUGGAAACAUGGGGUGAAAGGAAAGACAUGGGGGGCUAUAUUCAUGGAGGUGGCCGAGGACCUGGAGGCCAAGGAGGCGGCGGUGGUCAAGGAGGAUUUGGCCAAGGAGGUCAGGGUGGACCUGGCAGCUAUGGUCAAGGAGGAUUUGGCCAAGGAGGUCAGGGUGGACCUGGCAGCUAUGGCCAAGGAGGCCAGGGAGGACAAGGAGGAUUUGGCCAAGCAGGUCAGGGUGGACCUGGCAGCUACGGUCAAGGAGGCCAGGGUGGACCUGGCAGCUACGGUCAAGGAGGCCAGGGUGGACCUGGCAGCUACGGUCAAGGGGGCCAGGGAGGACCUGGCAGCUAUGGCCAAGGAGGCCAGGGAGGACAAGGAGGAUUUGGCCAAGGAGGUCAGGGUGGACCUGGCAGCUAUGGUCAAGGAGGAUUUGGCCAAGGAGGUCAGGGUGGACCUGGCAGCUAUGGCCAAGGAGGUUGUAACUACGGCCAAGGAGGUUGUGGUGGACAAGGAAAUUAUGGUUGUCAGUAUGGACAAGGCGGCUGUGGUGGAGGUGGAGGUCCUGGACAAGGAGGUGGUGGUGGACAAGGAAGUGGUGGUGGACAAGGAGGUGGUGGUGGACAAGGAGGUGGUGGUGGACAAGGAAACUAUGGUUGUCAAUAUGGGCAAGGAGGUUGUGGAGGAGCUGGCCAAGACUUAAGGGGCUAUAUUCAUGGAGGUGGCCGAGGACCUGGAGGCCAAGGAGGCGGCGGUGGUCAAGGAGGAUUUGGCCAAGGAGGUCAGGGUGGACCUGGCAACUAUGGUCAAGGAGGAUUUGGCCAAGGAGGUCAGGGUGGACCUGGCAACUAUGGUCAAGGAGGAUUUGGCCAAGCAGGUCAGGGUGGACCUGGCAGCUACGGUCAAGGAGGCCAGGGUGGACCUGGCAGCUACGGUCAAGGAGGCCAGGGUGGACCUGGCAGCUACGGUCAAGGAGGCCAGGGUGGACCUGGCAGCUACGGUCAAGGGGGCCAGGGAGGACCUGGCAGCUAUGGCCAAGGAGGCCAGGGAGGACAAGGAGGAUUUGGCCAAGGAGGUCAGGGUGGACCUGGCAGCUAUGGUCAAGGAGGAUUUGGCCAAGGAGGUCAGGGUGGACCUGGCGGAUAUGGCCAAGGAGGUUGUAACUACGGCCAAGGAGGUUGUGGUGGACAAGGAAAUUAUGGUUGUCAGUAUGGACAAGGCGGCUGUGGUGGAGGUGGAGGUCCUGGACAAGGAGGUGGUGGUGGACAAGGAAGUGGUGGUGGACAAGGAGGUGGUGGUGGACAAGGAGGUGGUGGUGGACAAGGAGGUGGUGGUGGACAAGGAAACUAUGGUUGUCAAUAUGGGCAAGGAGGUUGUGGAGGAGCUGGCCAAGAGUCUGCGGCCAAGGAGAUGGCGGAGGCUAUGGUCAAGGAGGUAACGGUGGACCCGGAGGCUAUGGUCAAGGAGGUAACGGUGGACCCGGAGGCUAUGGUCAAGGAGGUGGCGGUGGACCCGGAGGCUAUGGUCAAGGAGGUGGUGGGGGACCCGGAGGCUAUGGUCAAGGAGGUAACGGUGGACCCGGAGGCUAUGGUCAAGGAGGUAACGGUGGACCCGGAGGCUAUGGUCAAGGGGGUGGCGGUGGAGCAGGAAACUAUGGCCAGGGAGGUGGCGGCGGAGCAGGAGGCUAUGGUCAAGGAUGGGACGGUGGAGCAGAAGGCUAUGGUCAAGGAUGGGACGGUGGAGCAGAAGGCUAUGGACAAGGAAACGCUGGCCCCUAUGCCCUAUGCAAGAAUCCUCCUAACUGCGGGUCUGACUCAGGUUCCUACCAAUGACCGAAUCAGGGAGUAA